AGAUAUUAAUAUUCCGGUUAUGACUGUGCAUUUACAAGGAAGCGACUCAGAGCUUGCAAAGCCAAUAUCUAUUUUUUUUGUUCAGAACUUUCGAGGAACUUAUUAGGCAGAGAACAUAAACUUUUGAAUAUUGACGUUGGGUAAAUGAAAUCGGAUUAGAGUUAAUGUUGAGAUAUUAUGUUAGUAUAGAUAGUUUAGAUGAACGAAACGCCAGCAGGCAUUAGUAUAGAGACUCUACUUCACUUUGUAAAACGUUUAUGUAUUUUCGAAUCUUGUAAUUUAUUUUUUUACAUCAAUAAAUCAGUAAUUCCGAUCGUGACAUUUUGUCACGGUUUUUUAUCUAUGCUAACGAACUUUUGAAUUAUUCCAUCUCAUAUAAAAAAUUAUCAUCGAACAUGCAAUCCACUGAUUCAUUGAGAGAAUUAAAUGCCAAGCUCUUAACUGAGAUUGCCGAACUUAUGAAAGAGAAUGAUGAGAUUCCUGAACUCAAAGAGAAGUUACUAAGAUUUGCUGAGGUUGAGGCUGAGAACUCGAAGCUGAAGCAAAUUAUUGAAGAGAAUGCAAGGCGUGAUUCUGAGAAUGCUGAACUCAAGUCUAGAGUCGGAGAGCUUGAGGCUAGACUUGCAUUAUUAGAACAGAGUUCAGCAGUGGAAGGGAUGGCGUUGUCAUUUGGUUGGACACAAAACGGUGAAGAAGUGAUGCCAGUGGUGAUGGUACCAACUGUUGAUGUACCCGAUUCUGUAAUAGACAAACUCAAUAAUGAAGUAGGACGAGCACCUAGUGACCUUGAUGGUAAUGAUGAGAAAAUGGUCGAUUUCUUGGAUGAGGCGUAUAAGAAAAGCAUUAGCAAUGAGAUUAGAGAGAGGAGACUGGAAAAGAAGCAGAGAGAUCAAGAGGCACUCGUAAUUUCUCAGGAUGUGACUAAAAUUCCUGAGGUCACGGACAUGUUAACUUCAGAGCAAGACUAGCAAUACUUAUCACAAUCUUAUGAGGCUAGUUCUGAAAACAUAAGAUCAGCAUCUUGUUUCUUAUCAAAGCAACCGCAAGUUAAUGCAUCCAAAUUAGCAUGUAAUCUUGAAAACCGUGAAGAUUCUUCACUAUUGAAGUCAUGUGACAUGGAUGAACUUAA